AUGAGAUUGACCCUAGCAGCAGCGUUCUUGGCACAGGCUUUACCAACGUUGGUUGUUGUCGCAUCAUCGUCGGAUCCGACAGUCGGCGGUGCGACGAGGACAAGCACCCACCGUUCCUUUCCUACAAAGAAAUCGCUUCCUUCCGACAUCAAAACAAUAUUUAAGAAUGCUUCUGCCGUGAAAGAAGUGCAGCCAUUGAAGAACAAUCAUCAUAUUGAAGAAUCGUCCAGAACAUCAGAGCAUUCGUCGUCGUCGUCAGAGACAAUCGAUGUGGACGUUGGCAUUCUGGGAUUUGGAUACCAAGAAUAUGGACUGCAAGAUUUGUCGUCGACCAUUGAACUGGUAAAGAAGCGACAAAGAUAUUAUGAUGAUUUGCUCUUCCCUUCCCCAUCCGCAUGCGAUCCCAGCAGUGACUAUGCCAGCAAGGCAAACUGCGACUGCAGUGAAUUCGAUUUCGACAAUCGAAAGGGAACAUUUUCUUGCACAUCUCACACCGAAUUGUGUUUGGAAGAUGAUCUAUGUGGCUCGGAAGUAAUCACCAAUUCCAUUUAUGAGGACGGGACUGCUCGAUCCGAUCACUGCUAUCACUUUGACAAUGGAGUAGACGAGAAUAGCAACUCGGAAGUGUGUUAUUCGCAAUUUCUUUCAAUUUCAGACCACAAAGAAAGCUGCGGCAUUUUUGUCAAUGGUGAAGUGUGCAACAGCUGCCAGCCACAAGAAACAGAUUGCCAUGAUUUUGAUUGUACCAACACAGAUGCCAACAUUGCUGGAACAAAUUGCGAAGGGGGUCAUGACGACGUGCUCUUUGGUUUGUUAUUGUUGCAACAAAAAGAGUCAAUCCAGAAAAUUGUGGAUCCGUCGACGCUAUUUCCAUCACCAUCAGUCUGUGAUAGACAGAAUCCCGCUUUUGAUAGAUACAAUUGUGAUUGCAGCAAUUUUGAUUUGGACACAAUGCAGGGUUCGUUCGGUUGCAUUACAGAGGAAAACUUUUGUCUGGGAGAUGAUAAUGACUUUUGUGGCUACAAUACAAUUACAAAUACAAUAACUGAAGACGGGGAUGUGCAUACGCAUUUUUGCUAUUACAUUGAUGAUGAUGAUGAACCGGAUUCCAUUGAUGUCUGUUACUCAUCGUAUGGCGACAGCGACGCUUGCUCAAUAAACGUGCAAGGAGUCGAAUGCAACAGCUGUCAAGUGGUCAAUGGAUUCAUCAACGCUGAGGGAAAUAUCGAAGACAGGUGCACUCAAUUUGACUGUUCCAACACCAUUGCUGGAAUUGAAGGUAUGGACUGCAAAGGUGAUCAUAUUUUCGAUGCCAUCAUCAAGAAGCAGGGGAAAGGAUCGACAAUGUCAUCAACAGAUUCGGCUACGGAGGCACCAACGCAAGCAAAGAUUCUAAAGUCGAGAGUUUUGGCUUCUGGUUUCCUCUUAAAAGUGGAAGCAAACAGUACCAGUACCUCCGAGCCACUUUCUGGGCCAGUUUGA